GUUACAAGCUCAUAAGCUAAGGCAGUGUUUCCGUGAGUCUUUCAAGGAAAUUGCACAGGCAGCUGAAGCGGUCCACUCUCUGUCCCUCAGUUGUGAGCCCACUCCUAGGUGGGAGUUUGGAUCACUUCUGUCUUCCUUGCCGCUUUGUUUUCCCAACCAUAUUUCUCACUCCUUCCUCCAAAGCAGUCAUGUUCUCACUGAACAUGUGUUGUUUUGUCAGGCCUUUUUGUGCAGUAUGACUGAGGUUUUUAAGAUGAGAAUAUCAAUGAAUGCUGCAACUGCAUUUAGUUACACAGUAAAUUCACAUUUUUUACUAGUUCUGUGUAAAUUAAUGAACUGUGUAAAAUGAAUUGUAUGUUUCUUACUAUGUUUUGUAAGCGUUCUAAGAAAAAAUGUUUUAUUAGAGUAUCUUGUGUUUUCUGGGCUAAGAUUACUCUAUUAUUUUGAGAUUUGGGGUGUUUCUUUGAAGAUAUCCCUACAGUCAGGUUGGAGUAAAGUGGAAAUCAUGGGAGGUGAAAAUCACGAGAUUUGGGGGUCACAUUUUUGCUUUAAGGCAUUAUGCUUUUAAUUCCAAGUCAUCUGCCCUUUUAUAAUGUGUCAAAAAUGGGCAAGAAGAAUUAAACUGUGAAGUAGGUAGCUGACACCUUCCCACAUUAGACUUUAUGUGAAAUACCAGAUGGGGAAAGAAAGGCAGGAACUUCCUUCUGGCUGUCUGUCUUAGACCCAUGAUUAUAGAUGAGGUGAAGAGAAUGCAGCUGCAGCAUUUGCUCCCUUCCACCUCAUCUUCCCCUGCAGGCUCCUCUGCCCACUCGAAGAUCCUGACAGUUGUUUCUGGUGUGAGAUAAGGAAUAAGAAGAAUUUCUUAAGGAAGGAUUUGCUUUGAUAUUGGAUCUUUGUGUACUGUCAAGCCUCUUCAACAAGAUGAGAGAUUUAAUCCAUGAAACAGAGAGCAGCCAACAAGCUCUGAGUAAUGUCCAGGUACUAGGCUUUUUGCCAUGGAAGCUGAGGAAACGAUGGAAUGUAUCCAGGAAUUCCCUGAACAUUAUAAAGUUAUUUUGGAUAGACUGAAUGAACAACGUGAGCAGGACCAGUUUACAGAUAUCACUCUGAUCGUCGAUGGUCACCAUUUUAAAGCUCAUAAGGCAGUUCUUGCUGCCUGUAGCCAGUUCUUCCAUAAAUUCUUCCAAGAUUUCACUCAGGAGCCUUUGGUGGAGAUUGAAGGUGUAAGUAACAUGGCAUUUCGUCACCUAAUUGAGUUCACCUAUACAGCAAAGCUAAUGGUACAAGGUGAGGAAGAAGCAAAUGAUGUUUGGAAAGCUGCAGAGUAUCUACAGAUGCUAGAAGCAAUCAAAGCACUUGAAAUCAGGAACAAAGAAAAUUCAUCACCCUUAGAACCAAAUGAAGCACAAGGUAAAAAUAAACCAAAAAAGAGGAAGAUUGCUGAAACCUCUAAUGUUAUCACAGAAACACUGCCAUCUGCAGAAUCAGAGCCUGUUGAAAUUGAGGUUGAGAUUGCUGAAGGGACAAUGAAAGUGGAAGAUGACAACAUUGAAACCCUUGAAGAAGUAGCUUCUGCAGAGCAAUCCAUAAAGUACAUACAGACAACAGGUACAUCAGAUGAAUCUGCUUUGGCUCUUUUGGCAGAUAUCACCAGCAAGUAUCGCCAGGGAGAGAGAAAAUGCCAGAUCCAAGAAGAAGGUGAUAGUGCAACUGACCCCUCGUGCAAACAGGUAGAAGGUAUUGAAAUUGUGGAACUUCAGCUGUCACACAUGAACAAUUUAUUCCACUGUGAGAAAUGUAACCGUUCAUUUAAAUUGUUUUACCAUUUUAAGGAACACAUGAAAACACACUCUACUGAGAAUUACAAGUGUGACAUAUGCAAUAAAAGAUACCUGCGAGAGAGUGCUUUGAAACAGCACCUCACCUGUUACCACCUUGAUGAAGGUGGUGCCAGCAAGAAGCAAAGACCUGGCAAGAAAAUACAUGUAUGCCAGUACUGUGACAAGCAGUUUGACCACUUUGGGCAUUUUAAAGAGCACCUUCGGAAGCACACAGGUGAAAAACCUUUUGAAUGUCCAAACUGCCAUGAACGUUUUGCUAGGAAUAGCACUCUCAAAUGUCACCUUACAGCCUGUCAGUCUGGAGCUGGUGCUAAAAAGGGAAGAAAGAAGCUGUAUGAAUGUCAGGUUUGUAACAGCGUGUUCAACAGCUGGGAUCAGUUCAAAGACCACUUGGUAAUACACACUGGUGACAAACCCAACCACUGUACCUUAUGUGAUUUGUGGUUUAUGCAAGGCAGUGAGCUGAGAAGGCAUCUCAAAGACAUGCACAAUAUUUCAGAACUCCUAGUGACAGAAGAGGUUCUUCCAGUGGAAGGUAUGGAAGCUGAACCAGUAACAUCAAUGACAAUAAUAGAACAAGUUGAGCAAGUGCAUGUCCUACCAGUAAUUCAGGUACAAGUGGAUCCUGCACAGGUAACUGUGGAACAGAUGCACCAGGAUCUCAUCCAGGACAAUCAAGUGAAAGGCACACAGAUGGAGGAACUACAGGAACAGGUGCAGAUUAGUUACCUGGAAGUUGAACACAUUCAGACUGAACAAGGUGCUGAAGUUCAUGUGGAGCAGUUACAUGUUGAGCACGUAAAUCAAAUACAGAUGGAAGAAGUACAGGCAGAACUUAUGGAUGGAACAGACCUUGAACAAGUAGAAUAUCAAAGUGUUGAUCAAGGAGAAGCAGAAGAAAAGGAUCAUAAUCAAGUGGAUGAUGCGGAUAAGGAACAUAAUGAGCAAGCUGAAGAUUUAAAAACACAGUUAGUGGACACACAAAAUGCAAAAGUGGAUGACUAGGACAAAUAAUGACACUGCAGUUUUAAGAAUGAAAUACCAAAUUAUUUUUGUUAACUUUUACAUUGGUUUUUGAACCGUCACUGGUCACCUUUCCAUAUACUGUCCAUAGGAAGCUGGACAAGUGGACCAAAAUUAGCUUUCUUCAUGUACAAUUAGACUUCUCUCAUAUGUGAAAAAUACUUCCCCAUUCAUGUAGUGCCAUGGAACAGAAACUACCACAGACACGGACAACUUUGUGAGAUUUCUAGCAAUGAAUAGCUUGUAUCAUUGUUACACCAUUCCUGGGCAUAAGUAAAAGUAAUUUCACCUCUUUUCCUCUUGCAGUAGAAGCAAAGUCUUGUAAAAAUCUGCAGGAUGUCUGUGGCAGGAGAAUCAGUAAAAUCUGAGGGGUUCUGCUGUAAGUGGCAAUUACGUACCUGUGAAUUUUUGGAUCUUAACUUUCAGGCUGGGCUAAAAGCACUGUUGCUGUAGGUCUCUGAGCACAAAAGUCCUGUGCCUUUUCAACACUGAGUGGUUAAAUUUCCACAAAGUUUCUAGAGUUUUUGAGAACUUAGUUCUGUAAAAGGCAAUGUAGGUAAUGUUAUAGUGCUUUAUAUUUUCGCUUGAAAUUGCCAGUUACUGAUUUUCUUUUUGCAUUAAAUUUAGAGGCGGGGGGCUGAGGGAGGGAACAGACUUCACUUGGAGACAGCAGGACACUCUAAAAGGAACACUUAAAAAUUGGAAAAGUGUGGUAGAGUCUGUGAUAAACAUGAUUUGGAAGAAAGCUACAAGCAGGCUCUUCUUUUAUAAAUAAUCAUUUUUUAAAAUGAAUACGUUUUAACAUAAACACAGAGACUUGUGUAUAUGGUAUCAGGUUCUUGGUUUUUUUUAAAUGAAAUUCUGACACUUGACAAAAAGAUGUGCUUCACUUGACAAAAAGAUGUGCUAAACAUAAAAGUAAAAGCCAUAGGUAUGAGUGCUAAACUGUGGAUUGAAAAGUAGAAGUGUAAAUAGUUUAAUCAAUAUUAGAAAAUAAAACAAUACAAACCAUUAAAUGUUGCAUUAUUUGUUUCAUCCAAUAUAUUAGGAACUACUGAGUGACUGGCAGUUAAGUGCCAAGUUCCAGUGUUAAGGAUCAAUCUCAUUUUUAAUAGGAUCAAUAGCUUUUUACUAUAAAGUUAGAUUUGUUUAGAAAAUGCUUGUCUAUGGUUAAGGAUGUUAAGAAUGUCUUAAUUACUGCUGGAGAUUAGAGGUGCUCUGAACUCCUGAAGAAAUUUUAUUUUCAAAGCCUUAAAUGAAGAGAAGAAUUUCUGCAAGGACAGUCCCUACUGCUCUUGGUAAUACUAUAGAUCUUAGUUAAAAUCAGGUUUUUCUACUCCAUCUUCAAAUGCGGAACUGUUUCCUUGGAUUUGUGCUUUUAUUUAGGUUCAUUCAAUAUUACUGUGUUUCAUCAUAGCCUUUGAGAAACUGUUGCAAAAGAAACAUGGAUCUCAAUUAAAAUUUCCAACAAUUUGA